GUAUGAUUAUAUAUAUUAUUUUCAACUGAUGAUUUGAUUUAUGCACACUAAAUUAACAACAGAAAAUAUUUUCAAUAUUCUAUAUACACAUAGAUAAAAGCAUCCUCAGUUUGUUUGAUACUUCAUCCAUGGCAACUUUUGUAAAAUUAUUAACUUGCAUUUAUUUAUUUAAAAUUGAUAACUGAAGGAAAAAUAAGUGCAUACAUAUUUAUCGACAAAAGGUACUUCAUCGUUAGCUCGCUAGAUGACUACAUGGUCUCAACUAUAGCUUAUUUAGCAGUGGCAGUUAGUGAGCCAGCUGAUCGCUCAGUAAGUAGUAUAACAGUUUGGCAGUAGUGAUUCAACGCAUGGAGGGAGCUGUUUCCGUUCGAUUAAGUCGUCGGAGGUUAUAUAGACAACGAUGAUUUCUAACAUUUAUGAGAGGAUUGUUGGGGUUUCGCCACCUCCAGAACCAAACAAACCAAAAAUCCUUUGUGUUGGACAAAGCUGUCUUGACAUUGUACAGUUAUGCAAAAAUUAUCCACAAGAAGACGCCGACGUGAGAAGCAUUGACUUCAGGUACCAAGGAGGUGGAAAUGCUUGCAAUAGUUGUACUGUUAUAUCUCAGCUAGGACAAUCUUGUGAGUUUUUUGGAUACCUCAGCAACCGACAAUUCUCCAUGUUUCUACAAGAAGACAUGCGGAAGCAUAACAUCGACUUUUCACAUUGUCCAGUAACGUGCGAACAUGAGUGUCCAAAAUCGGUAGUAAUAUUAAGUAUCAACACUGGAUCUCGUACGAUAAUACACCAUAAUCCAAAUUUUCCAGAAGUCACUUUAAAAGACUUUGAGAAGCUUAAUUUAGAAGAUUAUAGCUGGAUACAUUUUGAGGGUCGUAAUGUUGCGGAAAUCGUUUUAAUGAUGCAGCAUAUAGAGAAUUACAAUAAGUCAAUAACUCAAAAAGAAAUUGAAUCGGCUGAUUCUUCUAUCCAUCAUCUUCCUAUUACGAUAAGUGUAGAAAUAGAAAAAAUGAGACCUGACUUAUUAGAUACAUUACCUUACGUCGACGCUGCAUUUAUAUCUAAAGACUUUGCUCUAAGCAGGGGCUAUGUAAAUAUGAGUGAAACAUUAAAAUGUAUGAGUCUAGAGUCAAAAACUGGAGCAACAAUUUUCAGUGCCUGGGCAGAUUUAGGGGCAAUGGCACGAGCUCCUGACGGGACCAUUGUCCAAUCUCCUGCUUUCCCGCCUCACAAAAUCAUUGACACUUUGGGUGCCGGUGACACAUUUAAUGCCGCCGUCAUACAUUAUUUAAACAAACAAAAGUUAGCUUAUUAUAAGAAUGGCGAUGAUGUUAACAAUCAGUCUACUAAAAACAAUAUUCAACAUAAUUAUAACAUUGAAAGUUCCGAAAAAAGUCAGACUGAAUUCAUUAAUCGAGAAGUGCUUCAAAAUGCUAUUGCUUUUGGUUGUAGACUUGCUGGUGCUAAAAUCGGCUUUCGAGGUUUGGAUGGAAUAAAUGAAAUUUAUAAACAUUUCAUGCGAUAGGAAAA